UACAGACAUAAUUUCCAAUAGUUUUGCAUGAUUGGGCGAUGUGUUUUUGUCACGCACUGCAAAGUUUAAUUACAUUAAGAGGUGCCCAAGCCCUGUGGCUCUAUAUUAGGAUGUUUGGCCAACUCCACGAAUAAGUGUUUAUACAUUUGGGAGGAAACCUACACGUUUCAGGGGCUAACACUCGUUCCCCGUACAGAUAGAAUAUGGAUUGAAACGUACCCACUUGCUGUACUGCCAUCAUACCCUGGCGAGCCAUGAGAUGACGACCUUGCAGCCCGUCGGUUUUGGGAGUUUGAUGAAAGCGGACAAUUCACCAAUCCUCGCUGUCUGCCCGGAGCGGGUUCGCCGCACACUUUCUGUCACUUCACGAGCGGCGAGCUCCACGCUCCGUGUCCACCUCCAUUUGCUGCCGAUGGCCCCUUGCGUGCAGGGCGAUCGACACGAAGGAGGCGCUCGGCCUCCCAGGGGUCGAGGCGUUUAUCGGCGCUCGCGACGUGCCUGGGAUGAACCACAGUGGCAUCUUCCACGACGAGACGGUCUUCGCAGACGGCAAGGUCACGUGCAUCGGUCAUGUGAUCGGGGCUGUGGUGGCCGAUACACAGAUGCACGCCCAGCGUGCUGCUAAAGCCGUGAAGGUCACUUACGAAGACCUGCAGCCCGUCAUAAUCACCAUGCAGGACGCCAUUGCCCAGGAUUCGUUCUAUGAGCAGCAGAGACAGAUCUUGAAGGGUAACUUGGAGUCCGGCUUUGCUGAGGCAGACCACAUUGUGGAAGGAGAGAUACACAUCGGGGAGGAGCAUUUCUACCUGGAAACGCAGUGCUCGCUCGUCAUUCCCAAGGGCGAGAAUGGGGAGAUCGAGAUCUUUUCUUCUUCUCAAUCGCCCACCAACACACAGCUGGAGGCGGCGGAGGUGCUGGGCGUGCCGGCGAACCGCGUCUUGUGCCGCGUGCGCCGCAUGGGCGGUGGCUUCGGCGGCAAGGAGAGCCGCGCCUGCAUGCUCUCCAACGCCGUGGCGGUGGCAGCGGUGCGGCUGGGCCGGCCCGUGCGCUGCAUGCUGGACCGCGACGAGGACAUGCUCAUCACCGGGGGCCGGCACCCAUUCCUGGGCAAGUAUAAGGUGGGGUUCAUGAACGAUGGUCGAGUGAUCGCACUGGAUGUGGUUAUGUACAGCAAUGGCGGCAACAGCCUGGAUCUGUCAGCUUCCGUGAUGGAACGCGCUCUGUUUCAAAUGGACAACGUUUACCGCAUCCCAAACAUCCGUGGCAGAGGCAUCGUUUGUCGUACGAACCUCCCGUCCAACACGGCCUUCCGUGGCUUCGGGGCCCCGCAGGGAAUGUUGAUCGCGGAGAACUGGAUCACGGACGUGGCCAUGACCCUCAAUCUGCCACCCCAUGAGGUGCGGCAAGUGAACAUGUACAAAGAUGGGGACUUGACGCACUUUAAUCAGCCCUUGACGGACUUCACGCUGGACCGCUGCUGGAAUGAGUGCCUGCAGCAAGCGAACUACACGCAGCGCUGUGUGGACGUAGAAGACUUUAACAGGCAGAACCGGUGGAGGAAGCGUGGCAUCGCAGUCAUACCGACCAAGUUCGGCAUCAGUUUUACCGCCAAGUUCUUGAACCAGGCCGGCGCGCUGGUCCACGUGUACAAAGACGGAUCGGUGCUGGUGGCACACGGAGGCACAGAGAUGGGACAGGGCCUGCACACCAAGAUGAUUCAGGUAGCCAGCCGCUGCCUGGGUAUCCCGAUUUCUGAUAUUCAUAUCAGCGAGACGAGCACAAACACCGUUCCCAACACAUCCCCUACGGCAGCCUCUGUCAGCUCGGAUCUCAAUGGGAUGGCUGUGAAGAUUGCCUGCUCAACCCUCCUCGAGCGCUUGGCCGUAUUCAAAGAAGAGAACCCUUCAGGCUCCUGGCGCGACUGGGUGAAUAAGGCUUACAUGAACCGCAUAAGCCUGUCCACAACUGGUUUCUACAGGACUCCAGACAUUUAUUAUGACUGGGAGAAGAACGAAGGCAAGCCAUUCAACUACUUCACAAUCGGCGUGGCCUGCUCGGAGGUGGAAGUGGACUGCCUCACCGGAGCCUCCCAGACUCUCCGCACCGACAUCGUCAUGGAUGUUGGCAACAGCUUGAAUCCAGCCAUCGAUGUCGGCCAGAUCGAGGGCGGCUUCAUGCAGGGCCUGGGCCUCUUUGUGCUGGAGGAGCUGCGCUACUCUCCUGAGGGGUCGCUGCUCACACGGGGGCCCGGCUCCUACAAGAUCCCUGCCUUCGGGGACGCCCCCGAGCACUUGCACGUGUCGCUCCUGCGGAGUGCGCCCAACAAACGCGCCGUGUACUCGUCCAAGGCCGUGGGCGAGCCGCCCCUGUUCCUCGCCGCCUCCGUGUUCUACGCCAUCAAGGACGCGGUCCGCGCGGCCCGAGCUGACGCAGGCCUGGCGGGGCCCUUCUGCCUGGACAGCCCGGCCAGCCCCGAGCGUGUUCGGAUGGCCUGCCCCGACCGCUUCACCAAAAUGGUUCCUCAGGAGGAAGAAGCUGGCGCUGUGCCCUGGGCCGUGCGAGCCUGACAAGCGGCAGGCGGCACCCUUGCUCGCCUGCUUGGGGAAGCACGGGCGGCAAUGCCGGCUUGUGUUUAGAACAGCGACGUCGAUACCAACACGCUUUCCAAUCCGCAGCUGUUCUUUGGUGUGCAGGAUAAUUUCGUAACUUUAACACUAUCAAAAGCCAUUUUCACGGCAGGGUGAUGUAGUGGUAAUGCUCAUGAUUCGCAGCAAGAAGAGCCUGGGUUCAAUUCCUUAUUCGGGCACCUUUCUGUGUGGAGUUUGUACAUUCUCUUCAUGUCCUGCAUGGGUUUCCGGUUUCCUUCCAUCGCGAAAAAUCCAUAGCGUAAUUAUUGUUGACCAAACAUCCAAUUGGGAUUACACAGAGCAAUAUCGCCCCCUACUACAAAACCUGAAAGUCGUGAGACUAAGUGAGGCUUUUCUGGGUAAAUACACAUAAUAACAAUUACCGUCAUAGGUUUUAAUUUUUCAAAGUGUCCUGCGUAUGGAUUUUUGUGUUUUUGCAAUAGACAAAAAUUCAAAUGUGGGUUUUUAAAUAUUUGGAAAAUUCUGAAAAUGAUUUACCGUAAUUUUUAUUUUACCUCAUAUUAUGGAAGUGUAGUAACAUUGUUUGGCAACAUCUUCCAGACAUUGUCGAUGUAUUGAUAUGCAUGCAGCUGGUCUGAUAGCCGUGUUUGGAAAUGUUGACAAGUAUUGGAUUGUUUCAAUGAUGUGAUCACUCUUUUAAAGUGUAAAAAACCAUUCCUAAAACCAUUUCAGCCAACAACCAUUUUAAUUACGUGCCAAAAUCUGAAUUCUAGAAAAAUGUACAAUUACAAAGGUAUGAGACUUGCUUGUCAGUGAAUGUUUAUUUAUAACAUUUUGUCUGCUGAAAUACUUAAUAAGUGCAACACAUUCACACGACAAAAUCCAUUAGUAGGAAAGAACUUGUGUCGAGUGAAAUACGAUAAGUAUUUACCAGUAUAAAGUAUCACUGCCUCAAACGUUUUGAUAACAAAAAACAAGGUGACCGUGUGGUCCAGGCCUGAAACAUUCUACAAUUCUCUUUAAAAUGUAUCACUAAAGAGGAAGAAAAUAAGAUGUAAAAUACUGUCAUUUUUGGGCUGUAGGUUGCAUGUAAUUGUAGGUGUUGCCAUACGACGAUUCACAUGUGUUUGUCAUGGUGUCUUAAACUGGAAUGCAUUUUUCUAAUUAUUUUAAAAUUCAGCUUUAAUAUAAAAUGAUUACAAGACAAAUUAAAUGUUCUACAACAUGACUUAUAAUACAAUUCACAACACAUCUUUCAAUAGUUCUGUGGCAACUCUUCCUUAUUACCUGAAACUUCAUUUUUGUUUUUAUUCCUCCAGCAUAUCCCCUCAGCUUUUUCACAAUCUCACCUGGCCAGGGUGAAGCAGUCUCCACGAGCAUCACCAGCGAACUCUGUCCUGCGCCACACUAAGUGCAUGCUGGGAUUACGUCUCUCUCUCACCCUUUCACUGCUUCCCCGUAGAUCUCAAUAAUUCUGCCAACCAUUACAGUUCUUCUCCUUUCAAAGCAGGCCAACUCUCCUACGUUCUAAGAGGAUGGGACACGCAGAAGAGUUUGGUUUCGCAUAUUCCUUUCAAUUUUUAACUCCACUCCAUGGAAGUCUGCUUCGGAAUACCUGUGCUUUACAUUUGAACUUUAAGAUUUUCAAUUAAAACAUUGCUAAGCAUGUGCUAAUCUUCUUUGAUUUAAUAAAGCAUCACAAGCAACACGUGUUACUGGGUGAUGGUUUACAUGUCUAAACAUCAAUGCAAUGUUAA